AGCACGCCAUGCCAUUUCGCUGAAAUACCCGAAGUCCUGGAAUUCACCGUACUAAAGGUAUUUAAAGCGUUUGUUCCUGAAAUAAAACUCUCAGAAAGGAAAAUUGGCGUGAACAACCAUACAAGGACUAAACUUUAAUUUUGAUUCAUAUUAAAAAAUAAAAAUAAAAAUGAGGAAAUCGACGAAGAAAUCUACAAGAACAGAGACAGUGAACGGGAAGACCAUCACCACGACGAUAGUAGAGGAAACAGUGACGUACCCGGACGGGCGGGAGGAGACCACCGUCACAGAGACAGUCCAGGGGAAUGACGGGGGACCCCAGGAGUCGGUCAGCAAAUCCACAAGACAGGUGGAAGCUUCCCCUUCUGCCUCCAAAGCAGUAGGCAAUAGCUGUUCAGGACCACAGGAAAACCAGGAUCUGGAUCAGUGUAAUCAAGACGCUUUGAAGAGGCACAACGAGUUACGCGCCAAACAUGGCGUACCACCCGUCAAACUGGCUAAGGAUCUACAAGAAUAUGCACAGAAAUGGGCGGAACACAUGGCCCAAAAAGGCAGUUUAAGCCACAGCAAUUGUACCCUGAAUGGAGGAAGAUUGGGGGAAAAUGUGGCCUUCACGGGUUCCUCAAGACCCACCGACUACGCAGGGAAAGAUUUUACAGACUCCUGGUACAGUGAGAUUAAAGACCAUAACUUCGGCAAGGACCAUCAGCCCGGAACAGGUCAUUUUACUCAAGUUGUCUGGAAGGGCACUACGGAAGUCGGGUUCGGGAAGGCAAAAUCUUCAGACGGAUGUCGUGUGUAUUGUUGUGGGAGUUAUCGCCCGCCCGGAAAUAUGCUUGGAGAUUUCAAAAGCAAUGUUUUCCCGCCUAAAUAAUUAUUCACUAAGAUUUACGUAGUCACACCAUUUGGACAUUCCAAAUUAUCUUCACAUCCUUAUUUGGAUAUGGAAAAUAUUUAUAUCAUAGUAGUACAUGUACAUGUAGACGAAUUAAAAUAAGCCAUGACAUUAACUUUUAUCAUUUGUUAUGCUGUGGGCAUAAAAAAUUAUAAAACAUUAGGGCAUAAAAAAGACUGGUAGUAAACGUAAACUUUUUAAAAAACUUAUAUACACUGUAAUUAGAUCUAUUUAUUAAAGCACUAUAUAUUUUCUCCAUAUAAA